UCGGCGCAGCCGCACCCUUCCGCAAGAAAGAAAAGGGAGGGGAGGGGGGGAACAGAAUAACAUCAGACCCGCAAAGAGGAGGAGCGAAACGAAACAGCAUCCCUGCCUUCCUCCACGCCCGUAGGGUUUCCGGAUCGGAGGAGCCCAAGCCGCCGCAGCCAUGGUUCGCGGAUCGCUCGGGAGGUUGGCGUCGCGCACCCUCUCCGUCGCCGGCAAAUGGCAGCACCAGCAGCUCCGCCGUCUCAACAUCCACGAGUACCAGGGCGCGGAGUUGAUGGGGAAGUUCGGGAUCAACGUGCCCAAGGGCGCCGUGGUGGGGUCAGUGCAGGAGGUCAAGGAAGUUUUGAAGAACGUUUUCCCCAGUGAGAAAGAGAUAGUUGUGAAAAGCCAAAUCCUUGCCGGUGGCCGUGGAUUGGGAACUUUCAAAAGUGGACUGAAGGGUGGUGUUCAUAUUGUUAAGGCUGAGGAGGCUGAAAGCCUUGCAGCUAAAAUGCUUAACCAGGUCCUGGUAACAAAACAAACUGGUCCACAGGGGAAGGUUGUGGGCAAGGUCUACUUAUGCGAGAAAAUGUCACUUGUUAAUGAGAUGUACUUUGCGAUCACCCUUGACAGGAAGACUGCUGGUCCACUCAUUAUAGCUUGCGCCGAGGGAGGAACGAGCAUUGAAGAUCUUGCAGAGAAGUUCCCUGAUAAGAUCGUUAAGGUUCCUGUUGAUGUAUUCAAGGGAAUCACUGAUGAGGAUGCAGCUAAAGUUGUUGAUGGUCUGGCACCAAAGACAGCAGACAGGCAAUCUUCUAUAGAACAGAUUAAGAAGCUAUAUGAACUUUUCUGCAAGACCGACUGCACAAUGCUGGAGAUAAAUCCUCUUGCUGAGACAGCUGAUAAAAAGCUAGUUGCUGCUGAUGCAAAGUUGAACUUCGAUGAUAAUGCUGCGUUUAGGCAGAAAGAAAUAUUUGCACUGCGUGAUACAACACAGGAGGACCCCAGAGAGGUGGCUGCUGCUAAAGCAGAUUUGAACUACAUCGGGCUUGAUGGAGAGAUUGGUUGCAUGGUGAAUGGUGCAGGAUUGGCAAUGGCUACGAUGGACAUCAUUAAGCUGCAUGGUGGUACACCUGCCAAUUUUCUUGAUGUUGGUGGGAGUGCAUCCGAGGGACAGGUUGUGGAAGCAUUUAAGAUAUUGACUUCAGACGAUAGAGUGAAGGCAAUUCUAGUGAACAUUUUUGGAGGUAUCAUGAAAUGUGACGUGAUAGCAAGUGGAAUAGUGAAUGCAGCUAAACAGGUUGAUCUUAAGGUCCCUGUUGUUGUUCGGCUAGAAGGCACCAAUGUAGACCAAGGGAAAAGGAUUCUUAAGGAGAGUGGAAUGACAUUGAUCACUGCAGAGGAUCUUGAUGAUGCUGCAGAGAAGGCUGUAAAAGCAUCAGUCAAAUGAUUAAUGAUUGUACCAUAUCAGUCUAAAGUUCUGUUUUCACUGGCACAAGAGGAGUGGUGCUCUCUUAGUGAUUUUGGGGGCCGUAAUCUUGAAGUGCAUUUUUUUUGAAGUGGAGUGAUUCCACUUUUGAGUUUUCCUUAAAACUUGUGAUCUUUGUGUUAAUAAACCUAUAUGGGCACAAAAUUGAGCAGCCACUGUUAUGAAGUUCAAGUAGGAUUUACCUGUUUUGCCCGGAUCAACAGGGUACAUGUUGAUGCUUCA